CCGCCACCCUUUGCUUUUGUGGGACUGCUGCGCCGCGAGGAUCAUGGCGCCGUCGCUGUGGAAGGGGGUGGUGGGCAUCGGCCUCUUUGCCCUAGCCCAUGCGGCCUUUUCUGCUGCGCAGCAUCGUUCUUAUAUGCGACUAACCGAAAAAGAAGAUGAAUCAUUGCCAAUAGAUAUAGUUCUGCAGACACUCCUGGCCUUCGCAGUUACCUGUUAUGGCAUAGUUCAUAUUGCAGGAGAGUUUAAAGACAUGGAUGCUACGUCAGACCUUAAAAAUAAGACAAUUGAUACAUUAAGGAAUCACCCAUCAUUUUAUGUAUUUAACCACCGUGGUCGAGUACUGUUCCGGCCUUCGGAUUCAGCAAACUCUUCAAAUCAAGAUGCGUUGUCCUCCAACUCAUCAUUGAAGUUAAGAAAACUUGACUCACUGCGUCGUUAAAAUUUUUACGUAUGAUAACAACAGGACAGGACACAGAGUUGGAAUAUUGGCGUUUGGGGUAUAAAACACUCUCCCCAUCAGUAUUUAUAUUGAUCAUUCAGACCUAAUAAAACCAGAAUCUAUGGCCCUUGUUUGUACACUGUCAACCCAGUCAUCAAUGCAAUAUGUUAUCUGUGAAUCAAGUCUUGACUUUUUCACAGGGAUUUUUUUUUUGAUUUAGACAAAUUCACAUCUUUUGUAAAUGUCACUGUUUUGAACAUAUUUCUUUGGAAAAUGUUGGUGGGUUUUGUAACUAUUUAUUUUCUGAGAUUUGUUUUGCACUACAGUUUUUAGGAUCCUUUUGGAAAUACUGUGUGACGACUGCAUUUGGCAGCAUGAAUUAAGCAAAAUAGUCUUCUGUUCCAACACGGGGACUUUACUAAGGAGACCAAAAUGGUGAUCCAUCAGAUUUUCUUGUGCCCCCUAAAAAUGGCUCUUUUUCAGCAGAUACUAGCCAGUUUUUAAUUUAUUCAUGGCCUUUUCACCCCACCCCACUCCGAAUAUCUUCAAUGAUCCGCCAUCUUGUUUUCAUCAAUUCUGAGAUUCUAUGUAUGAAAGUGAGCAAUUUUUAUGUCAGAAAUUUUUGUUUUAACAAAUCUAUUUAACAUGCUCAACUUGCUGUAAGCAAGUUGGGUUCCCUUUGUUUAUCUGUACAAAUUUCCCCUGAUUGCUUAUCUAGUGUAAGAAUAGUUGAAGAUAGACCAAAAAGACCAUGAUUUACUGAUAAUUGCCUUUGUAGAUGAGUAGUAAUUCACGAGGAAGCCAAUUUAUGUGUGUGUCACGUAGCCAGUUUAACUCAUUGCAGGAAAAAUAAACUGUUAAUUCAUUGCAUACUAAACUAGUGAAUUUGGAAAAUCAAGAACUAUCUCAUUAAUCUGAAGUUAAGACCUCAAAGGAAUUGGGCCAAAUGAGUUCUCAGUGUUUGGAACUUAAUAUCUUUUGUUUAAAAACAAAAUUAAGGUCGUUUAAGAAGUGGUGUAGCUUCCGAUUUAGAGUAGCUGGGGGGUGUCCAUCUUCCAGUAUGUUGCUGAAGGUGAAGAUGAGGACACAGUUGAAGUUAUUAUUUUGUUGGAAAUACUUUGUAAUUUUGUUCUUAGGGGAAUUUGUUGAGCACUUUCAUCUUCCAAAAGCCCAAUAUUUCUUUUGUAGAACAGAUUGCUCUUGCUGAGUUGUAUAGAGGUGUAGAGGGACUAAAUGGAAGCAGGUCUGAAAAGGAAAUGUGCUUUAGGCAAGAGUCGUAAGAUGCCCUUGGACUUGAAACUUUUUCCAUUGAAAAUGAACCUGAUACCCUCAUUCUUGUUGACUUCCCCCUCCCCCCCACCAAUUGAAAAUGAAUGUCAGCUCUUUUUAUUUUGCCUGGUACCGCACAACCCCAAAGCCUAAGGUGGUUUUGUAAUGGAUGGUUCUUGUCUGGCCAACUUAUUCUGUCUGUGGACUACUGACAGUUCUCUAAUGAGAAUCAAGUUAGAAAUCUGCUAAUAGCCAAAAAUAAUUAAAAUGGGAUAUCAAACUUAAAAUAAUUUUUAAAGCAAAAUAAUGUGCAGACAAGCUCAGGCUUGUUUACCGUCAAGUAAGGCUUGUUUUGGAAGAGCUUCUUGUUUUCUUUUCUUUGGGGGCUCUUGUCCUGAUAUUUUUGGGAGUGGGGUGGGGGGAGAGUAAGUUUA